AUAUCUGACAGUAAAUGACAGAUUUUAAGCUCAAUGUGUGCGAUAUUUGAGGCGCGUGUUUUUAUUUUAAAGUUUUAUUAUUUUUAUUUUACAAUUUGACAUAAAUAGUUUGGGAAACGAUCUGAAACAAAAAUGCCGAAAGUUAAAGCAGAGAAGAAGACUAGAAUACAUAAUGAAAUUGCAAAACAAGGUAUUCAAUUCAACAAGGAUUUUGGUCAACAUAUUCUCAAAAAUCCUCUGAUUAUCACAUCAAUGCUAGAUAAAUCUGGCUUGAGGCCUACAGAUGUUGCUCUUGAGAUUGGUCCUGGUACUGGAAACAUGACGGUCAAAUUACUUGAUAGAGUCAAGAAAGUAGUUGCUUGUGAAAUAGAUACAAGGUUGGUGGCUGAGCUUCAGAAACGUGUCCAAGGAACUCCUUACCAAGCAAAACUCCAGAUCCUUGUUGGAGAUGUACUCAAAACAGAACUCCCUUUUUUUGACAUAUGUGUUGCCAAUGUACCCUACCAGAUCAGUUCACCUCUAGUCUUUAAACUACUGUUACACAGACCCUUCUUCAGAUGUGCUGUCCUUAUGUUCCAAAAAGAGUUUGCACAAAGGCUUGUGGCUAAACCUGGGGAUAAGUUAUACUGUAGGUUGUCUAUAAAUACCCAGCUACUGGCUAGAGUUGACAUGUUGAUGAAGGUGGGUAAAAAUAACUUCAGGCCACCACCGAAAGUGGAGUCCAGCGUGGUAAGGAUUGAACCCAGAAACCCACCUCCACCUAUAAACUUUGUGGAAUGGGAUGGACUAACAAGAAUUGCUUUUGUAAGGAAAAACAAAACAUUAUCAGCCGUCUUCAAACAUGGCACAACAAUGGCUGUGCUAGAAAAGAAUUACAGAGUACACUGCUCUUUACAUAAUAAGGAAAUACCCGAAGACUUUGACAUCAAAGAGAAAGUCCAGGAGAUAUUAGUAAAAUGUGAACAGGAUCAAGCAAGAGCAAGAAUGAUGGACAUUGAUGAUUUCAUGAAGUUAUUACAUGCUUUCAACUCUGAAGGCAUACAUUUUGCAUAGUCUAUUUAUACACAAAUAAAAUAUAUUAUUAAUAAAGGUUUUUUUAUUAAC